AUGAAGACAAUAUCAAAGGAACUUUGGCUAGAUUUUCCAAUUCUCUAUCUCCUCCUGGCCAUCGUUGUCGUGAACAUUUUUUCCCUUUAUUGGAGAAAUAAAUCCCAUCGAUCACCCACAUCCUCUUUCGCGAACAAGGAUGAAGAGAGCAAGGUCCAUGCAAGGAACCCGAUCGCUAUUGUCAUCCCGACAUUACAUGAAGCCACUGUCUUGCCGGAAACCAUUGCGCAACUCUUUGCCACAAGUUCUCUGCACAAGGAUGGCCAGCUCACGCAGCACCUCGAGCCCACAGUCGUCGUGGUAGAUGCGGGACGUUCUGAUAGCACUCGAGCUCGUCUAGCUCCCUUGAUAGCCGCUCAUCCGACACUCCACCUCCUUCAGUAUUCGUUGCCGCCGUCUCGGGGAGCUCAGCAGAAUGCGGGGGCAGCACACGCGGUCACCAUCUCCCCAUACACAUCGAUUCUCCUGUUCCUCCAUGCAGACACCCUUCUGCCGCCAGCAUGGGACCUGGCCGUCCUUCGCACCCUGUCGUCUCACCGGCCUCCUGCUCUGGGAACCUUUACACUCUCUCUCCCGCCACCCAUCUCCCUAUCCCUGCGCCUGAUGUUAUGGGGAGCCAAUCUCCGUGCCCGGUGGGGUGGUUUACCAUACGGGGACCAGGCGUACUUCCUAACGCGGCGGACCUUCGAAGCCAUCGGGGGAUUUCCGGAUGUGCCCAUCAUGGAAGAUGUAGAGUUGUUGCGGCGGGUUCGCAGCCGGGUAUGGGAUGGACGUAUAAGUGUACUGGAGGAGCAGGUGGUGACGAGUCCUCGGCGGUGGGACGAGAAGGGCGUUCUGUGGAACACAGUGUUGAAUCAAUUCCUGCAGCGACAUCUCGCGCUCUUUGCCCGGUUUCCCUCGCCCGGAAAAUGUAAAACACGCCUCAUUCCUCGGCUAGGUAAAGAAGGCGCCAGCUCCUUUGCGUUGGCUGCAUUGACAGACCUCAUGCAUCUGUUUAAGAAGGCUGCAUGCCACAAGACUCUCUUCUACACACCGGCGGCCGCCCGAUGGGAGGUAUCGGCAUUCCUCCAGCAUGAAUCCUUAGUAUCUUCAUGGGAUAUACACCCGCAACCCGAUGCGCCCGACCUGGGGGCACGUCUUCAUGACGCCCUGGAACAUCUGAAGAGGCACACCGCUAUAGAUGCAGGAGCAAUAGUGCCGGUGACGUUCCUCGGUAUGGAUUGCUUUGAGCUCACGGUUGCAACGGUUCAGGAUUCGAUGGACAGGGUGUCCUCGAACCCAGACACGGCACAUAUAAUCCCUGCCCGCGAUGGCGGAUAUGUUCUCUUGACAGUGCCACUACAUUGUGACGGCCACACAGCAUUUGGUAGGAUUCCUUGGUCCUGCGAUCGCACGGGCAGCAUGCAGAUCAUGAGACUGCAAGAAGCGGGGUUACGGUGUUCAGUAAGCGAAGCCCUGCCGGAUGUCGAUGAGCCAGGUGACCUCGAGGGGCUAUGGGAAACUCGGAAACAGAAACGAGAGGUGUAUCCCAGUACAUUCGGCUGUUUAGAAACAGUGAUGAUUGUCCGACAGUUGCAGAUAGCUUAUGAGUUCUGCAAUACGCGAGGCUAA